CUAAUUUGCAUAUAGAUGCACAUUAUGUCACUUUCAAUUGCAAAACUUUUUUUUAUUUUGUUUUUUUUUAGUGGCGAUGUCUCCCCUUCGGAGCAAAAAGCCCACACAGAGAGUGAAGCUUCCACAGAAGAGAGCUCAGAAGAUGAAGAUUCUGAUGAAAGUGUAGCUGAGAAUGAAUCGGAAAAAGAAGAAACAAAUGUGCGACAUUUAAACUCUGAGCACAGUGCAUAUGGAGAAACUGAGUUACCUACUCCAAAAUCAGACUUUUAUAUUAAGCCUACCUGUGAAAAAUGCAAGACCAGGCAGAAUCAAUCCUACGAGCAAGUAACUCCAAGAAAUAUAUCAAAGGGACGAUUACUCUUAACACUGGAUAACGAAGGCUCCUACCAGUGUUCAGUCACGGGUUUGAUGUUUGAAGUUUCAGAGAAGGUUAAAAUCACGUAUGCAACACUGUCCUGGAGCAAGUACGGAACGUAUUUGAAAGAACCAUGGAAGUUGGUUGGUCCAAUAUUUGACGUGGAAUGUGACCCCACCAUUCUCAAAGCCAUCCACUUUCCCCAUUCACUCUGCUUGGGUGAUCAUGAAAGUGACAUGAAGUUUGGAGUUCUGCACAUUAAGGACAAUGCCCCUGUAAUAGAAUCCUCCUCUGAUCACUCUGCUUCCCAUAUUAAAUGGAGUGUCACUUCUCUGUCUCCUGUGGGUCCCGUUGUUCAGACAUCACAACACCUAGAACAUCAUGGCGUGGUUCUUCUAUACAAAGUGUUAGACAGUCACCCCUCUGCAUCAUUUCGUGUAUAUUUAGCAACAAACAACAACUCAGAUAUCAGGGAUAUAUAUAAAGAUGUCAGGCAGUCAAAUAAAAAAUACAUCAAAAUUGAUAAGCCUCCUACCUGUCAGAAACUGCUGGAGGAAAAAAAGAAAUACAAACUAAUCAGUGAUCCAGAAGCCGACAUAACACCCGAGGAAAUAGGGUUCACAUUAGAUGCAGUCAAAUUUAAAGGCUACUUUGAGGUUUAUUUUGAACAGCCAGUCCCAUUUAAACUGUCACUGAUAGAAGCCGACUCCAAUCUGACUGUCUGGACUACAACACUACGAGAAUGUGAUUGGAAUACAAGCAAUUUUAAAGAACCAGCUGUCAAAAGAGCAGAAAAUGGGAUUAAGAGAAAUAGAUCAAGCAGCAGUGAAGAGGAAAACGACAAUAAGAAAUUCAGAUAUGCUGACACAACAGAUGGAUCAAGGUCCAGCAAGAACCUGUGUAUUACUGAGCAACAGCUUAUGAGAAUUGCAAAGGCUUUUGGUAAAGAAUGGAAACAGCUUGGCAUCAGCUAUCUGAAUAUCUCAAAGAAUGAUAUCGAUCAGAUUCAAGAAGAAGACAAAGAGGACCUAGCGAUGCAAAAGUUUAACAUGCUUCUGAAAUGGAAAAAGAAGGCAAAGGACAAUGCAACGAUAAAAGACCUCUACUGCAGCCUCCAUGAUCCAGAGGUUCCAUUUGUUGUAAAGCAGCUCCUUCAAGACAUGAUGAAUGAAAUGGGAGUGGAGCCACUAACAUUCUCAGGGGCAUUAUGAGCACACAAGAGAAGAAUCAAGCUGCACAUCAUGUAUUCAUUUUGAUUGGAAAAGAACUGUUUUUAUACACUUUAUUCAGUUUAAGCAUAGUUGUCUUUUUGCAAUAUAUACUUUACACUAGCUCCUAAAGGGACUUGCUAAUAUUUAGGGCUUAAGUAAUGCAGUGUAGUAGCAUAAGAAUGAAAUGCAUCAGAACUGCAAGUAAGAGAACCAUUGUGAGCUGUGAACUAUCCCCACACUUAUAGAGGGAUAGGAGUGAAAACUUCCAUCAUGACAAAAGCAUUGCUUUUCUUUUUGAUGGCAACAAACCAAUACCUUGGACGGGGAAGUUUUUUGAAGUUUUGAAUUUGUUAUUUUCCAAGGGGAUGAUCUACAGAAGAGUUGAGAAGGUACAGGAAGUUUUGGUCAUUUAUGACUGGUAAAUAAUCAAAAAAAGGGCUGGUAACAUUGACAAUCAAAGAACUGAUUUCAGCAAAGGUUUAUUAGCCAGUUCUAAUUAAUGGUUUUCUAACCACUAAGUGGCCACAUUUGUAUCGAUAGAAUGCACGGUUUACUUAUUUUCAGGUAACAUGCAAACUAUGCAGCUUUGUGAAGAACGCAGCUAUUAGCAUAGAUGAAUGCAGGAUAUUGUUGCUGUUUAUAUAUAUAUAUA